CCAAAGUGGCAGCCAGAAAACUCGUCCGAGCAUCUCGCUCGCGCGAGGGAGGACUGGUGAGAGAGAGGGAGAGAGAGAGAGUAAAAGAACAAUCACGACCCCAUCCACUGCUCUCACCGAUCGGUGGUGGCGGCGGCGAUGGGGAAGGGACCGUCGUCGCGGGCGGGGUCGCGGCACCAGCAGUUCCGCGCGCGCGCCAAGACCCGCGUCGACGACCUCCAGGAGAUGUUCUCCGGCCUCCAGUCCGCGCGCAAGGACUCCCGGUCCUCUGACGCCGCCGUCCUCGAGGCGCAGCUCAACCAGAUGCUCCGCGAGUGGCGCUCCGAGCUCAGCGCCCCCUCCCCGGCCUCCUCACUCCAUGCACCCGGGAACAACAGGGAACUGUCGGAUCCUCCGUCGGAGACGCUGCGGCUGCUGCAGGUGGUGGCGGCCGAGGAGGAGGACGACGCCACGAGCAAGCUGGUCGAACAGCAGCAGCCGCCCCCGCUCCCGGCUAACCAGAGCCACGGGCACGUGCAGGGCGGGCAGGACAUGAAGCCGGAGCUGCGCGAGGAAGCGGUUGACUUCGCGGUGGCGCAGCAGCAGCAGCAGCCGCAGCCGCAGCUGGGUCAGGGGGUUCUGGUGAAUGGUGGAGUGUCUCCUGCUGCUGCGGCUGCCGUGUUCCACGAUCAGAUGUACUAUGUGAACCAGGAACUUACAGUUGAGGAUUUUCUUUAUGAUGAUGAUUACAAGAUAAACCUUUCCGGUUCUAAUCCAGAUAUCCUCAAUAAUCUGGAAGGGAUUGGUCAGAUGGAAUAUCCACAGUUCAAUUUGCCACAAGAGUUACCCCCUAAUGUGUAUCUUGAUAUGAGUAACUGUGGACAGAGUGCUGGAGAUGUUUUCCUCCACAUGUCAGACUUGCUCACAGCAAUGACUCCAGCAACUGCUGCAUUCCUGAGGCCAAAAUGUGCUCUCUGGGACUGCCCCAGGCCUGCUAUAGUAUCGGAAAGGUGGCAAGAUUAUUGCAGCAUUUAUCAUGCUGAUUUGGCUGUGAAGGAAGAGGGCCCUCCGGGUACAAUGCCUGUGAUCCGUCCAAGAGGCAUUGAUCUGAAAGAUGGCCCCCUAUUUGCUGCUCUUAGUGCAAAAAUCCAAGGAAAACAUGUCGGUAUUCCUGUCUGUGAAGGGGCUGCGACUGCAAAGUCCCCGUGGAAUGCACCUGAACUUUUCGAUCUUUACAUUUUUGAAGGUGAAUCUAUCAGAGAAUGGCUGUUCUUUGACAAACCAAGGAGGGCAUUUGAGAGCGGAAAUCGGAAGCAACGGUCCUUGCCAGAUUACAGUGGCCGUGGAUGGCAUGAAUCAAGGAAGCAGGUGAUGAAGGACUUCGGUGGUCUGAAGAGGUCCUAUUACAUGGAUCCACAGCCAUCCAACAGCUAUGAAUGGCAUCUCUACGAAUAUGAGAUCAAUGAUUGUGACGCUUUUGCCUUAUACCGACUUGAAUUCAAGUCUUCAGAUGCGAAGAAGAGUGCUAAAUCAAAAUUAGCUUCUAACCCACUGAAUGAAAUCCAGCAGCAAAUGGUUAGACUCAGUGCAGACAGUCCUAUGGAAACCAAACAGACAGCCCGGAGCAGGACAAAGGCUAACCCAAAAGAUGUUAAUACAAACAUCUAUUCAGUUCCAAACACCACAGUUCAAGCUAAUGUUCCAAAUGCUUAUCAGGCAGUGUCACAAGUGGACCAUAUGACAUUUUUGAACGGCAAUGUUGUGUAUGGACCUCAUCUGCCAUACGGUUACUCGACUGAAAGAAGUGACUUCUAUUGGAACUCAAGUGACGAGGCAUGAAAGGAUAAACAUAUGCUUGAUUUAUGGCAUAUUUCUCCUUCAAGUUCUAACAGUAUCAGCUAUGAUUAUUGGGUCUACUCUAUUAGCAUGACCCAUUUGCUUUCUAAUUGCAAUUAGCCCAAUCUACAGGAAACCCCUCUGAAAUAUAGCCAAAUAUCCUGAAAAUAGCAUCUCCUCGGUGCGCACCAUAUUAAGAUAAAUCUCCUGGUUUGGUAGACGAGUAACCUUCAUGUGGAUAUAUCAGCCAUUUGGUGGCUCCAUUUAUCCGUUGUGUAAAUGCAUAUAUCAUGAUGCUGUUCUGAAUCUGGGUGCGAUAUUUAUCUCCUCAAGCUCCAAUUUUAUUCCUGAAAAGAAAGCUCCUUGUGGUAA